UCUGACAUGUGAGAUGCUUCCGCCUAUUGCGAAAAAAUGAGGAAUACCUGUAGACUGUUGAUUCCCUUACGUCAUACCACUUACUGCAGAUACCUAAAAAUCAAACAAUGGCUGGGCCUGAACUCACAAAAUGUCAACACUUCUUACUGGUCACGUCCGUGCUGCAUUUCUCUGCAUUCAGAUUCAGCGAAUAUAGUCGCACAGACAAACACCAACGGAAGCUCAAAGCGUCGUUUGGUACUUGGAAUCGAAACUAGUUGUGAUGACACUGGUGCAGCAGUUGUAGAUGACAGAGGCAUAGUCGUUGGAGAUGCUCUGAAUUCUCAGACGAAAACUCACGUGGCAAUGGGCGGCAUCAUCCCACCCAUUGCACGCGACCUUCACAAAGAAAAUAUUGAACCUGUUGUCAGUGCAGCAUUGGAGAAAGCUAAUGUUACAUUAAAUGAUCUGAAUGCUGUUGCUGUGACUGUGAAGCCAGGAUUGUCCCUGUCAUUGUUAGUCGGUUUGCAGUAUGCAAAGCAGUUGGUAAAAAAGACAGGGUUACCUUUGAUUCCUAUUCAUCAUAUGGAAGCACAUGCUCUGACAGCUCGCAUGAUCACUCGAGUGGAUUUUCCAUUUUUGGUUUUGCUAAUUAGUGGAGGUCACUGUCUGCUUGCUGUAGCAAGAGGUAUAUCAGACUUCUUGCUGUUAGGACACGGGUUGGAUGACUCACCCGGAGAAGCCUUUGACAAGACAGCACGACAGCUUAAGCUGAAAAAUUUGCCCCAGUGCCAGGAACUAAGUGGAGGUGCUGCCAUAGAACUUCUUGCUAGAGAUGGCAAUCCAAAGAAGUUUGCCUUUCCACAAGUGAUGACAAGAAUACCAGACUGCAAUUUUUCUUUUGCUGGUAUUAAGUUUAAUGCCAAGAAACUGAUUGAAGCUGAGGAAACUAAACUACAAAUUUCUGCCAGUGCAGUUUUACCCAAUGCUCCAGACAUCUGUGCAUCAUUUCAGUAUGCUGUUUUGUAUCACUUGGCCAGAAGACUACAAAGAGCUUUUCUCUUUUGUGAACUCAGAGGAUUUCUUCCCAAACAGAAGACUUUAGUAUUGUCUGGAGGAGUUGCCUCCAACCAGUACAUUCGUGAGGGUCUUCAGCAAAUCUGUGAGAAGUUCUCCUGUCAAUUAGUGUGCCCUCCUCCACAUCUAUGCACUGACAAUGGUAUCAUGAUUGCUUGGAAUGGAAUGGAAAAGUUGCUACAGAAUACAGGACAGGUUCAUGAUGUGGAUGCCUUGGAUAUACAACCAAAAUGCCCUUUUGGAGUGGAUAUUUCACAAGAACUUAAAGACGCUAGCAUUAAGCUGCCACAAUUAAAACUACACUGAUUCAAGAUUAGUUUUAAUAUCAGUAUAUCAAGAUGAAGCAGUGUGAAUAGGCGAUGAUACUUGAAAUAAAAUCAUUGUUUAAAGAU